AUGGCAGGCAACGAUGCAUUCCAAGUACAAAAGCCGAGAAGUAUGAUAGCAGGUGCACGCAAUGUGCUUCGAACCAACGACUCUGCCAGUUUGUGGAAUUGUACCUUGUCUCCAGGUUGGAGUCAAGAUGAGUCUGAAACGCUGAGAAAGGCUUUGAUGAAGUUUGGUAUUGGCAACUGGUCAAAGAUUAUCGAGAGUGGAUGUUUGCCGGGCAAGACCAACGCACAAAUGAACCUCCAGUUGCAGCGUCUUCUUGGACAACAAAGUACAGCAGAGUUUGCUGGUCUUCAUAUUGAUCCCAAGGUCAUUGGUGAAAAGAAUUCCAAAAUCCAAGGUGCUCAUAUCAAGCGCAAAAACAACUGUAUUGUCAACACAGGAGGCAAGUUAUCAAGAGAGGAGCUACGAGAACGCAUGCAAAGGAAUAAGGAGAUGUACGAGCUACCAGAAGAGGAGUGGAAUUCCAUUGAACUUCCCAAGGUUGAAGAUCCCGUGCUUAUGCUUGAAGCCAAACGCGAAGAGCUGAGGAGGUUGCAAAAGGAGCUAGCAAAGGUUCAAGGCAAGAUCGAACAAAUGCGUACUAUCCAACCAGCACGUAUGGACAAGCUUAAGACCACCGUUGACAACGAGACACAAGUGGCAGAAGCAGCAGCGCAGUAA